AUGACCUGGGGUGGAGCCAGCCAUUUUGGCAAUGGCACGCCAACAAGUUUUGAGCACGAGGACGUGCUAGGUUGGAGCAGCGAAGGGUGGCACGGCCCUGCGGGAGGCCACGACCACAGAUGUCAGAGUAAGAUCUAUGAUUGCCUCGACUUUAUGAACUACCUUUGGAUGGAGGCCUCCGUGGCCUUUAUUUCCGUCAUGGGCCCCUUACAGUCUGCCAUUGGUGGAGGAGGACUCACACUUUUGGCCAUCUGGGGAGCCUCUUUGUGUAUGAUGCUGGCCCCUGUGAGAUGUCGCAGACGCCGGCGACUAUGUGGCCAAGUCCCGGAAAAAAUCUGCAUGGUGCUCUGUCUGACAAGCACUGUCAGUGGAGCGGAGGCAACCCCCAGGCUCAGCAGGGGACCUGGGACCUACCGUGGCAUGAGAAUGAGUGAUGUGGAGCUAUGGGCAGCUGGCCAGCAGACAAUGCGUGAGCAGCUAGCUGCAGCUGAGGCCCGCUGGGUCUUGGAGCUCCCGGUAGAACACAACGCUGCAAUGGCCAGACCUCCAAGAUACGAGACACCGGCUGCACCGCCGGAGCCGGAUCCAGACACCAUGGAGAUCGCGCGGAUCCAUGCCACUGCCUGGGUAGCAGUUCCUUAUUAUGUGGCGGAGGUUGUCGACUUUGAGCUGUGUAUGCCCACCACGCUCCAGCAGAUCACUGAGGCUGUCCAGCAGACCAGUGCCAGGGACGAGAACUACCGCAUGGACUUCGCUCCCACAGUGCCCCAACUUGGCCGGGGAUAUGCGAGCUAUGUUGCGGGCCCGGCUUGGCUCCAGGAGACAAACAAAGUGGUGAUCCUGAUUGAUGCCACAGCUAUCGAUGGAGGCGUCUUCGCAGCCUACGCUGAGAAUCCAGUGACGCGGGAAAACAUUCUCAUGCAUAUGGUGGAAGGAUGGCCAGCCGGCCUCAAUGCCUUCCUGGGUGGAAGCUCCCGCCCUAUGCGAACAGGACAGGAGUAUCAAGCACCUGCGGGCAGUGUGAUCAAAAUCCUUCGCCCAGGAAUGGAGCCCAGAUGGCAGGAUGAGCUGCAACAUAGAUUGCAGGACCCGACCCGGUGGUGCUCUGAAGCGGCUCUGCCACAUGCACUGGGCCGGCUUCAUAUGGUCUACCAGGCUGCGGACGACCAGGUCCUCGAGGAGAUUGAAUCGGACGACGACCGCCCCCUGGAAGUCUCUGCUGAAGAAGCCCUCCGCUAUGAGCAUGGUGACGUAUGGGUUAAGGUCCCUUCGGAGAGAUUGAAUGACCUGGCCCACAUGGGACGUCAGAUUUGGGGACAAGUGGCCGUCUUGGAUGGAUGGAACCAAUUCAGCCCGACCGCCCCAGUUAUCUUCACCGACCUCAGAGGUCUUGCCCUCUUCCCGCAAUGGACGCAGCUGGAGGGCCGGGUCUUCCGCCCUGUCGAGUUCUACGAAACCUUGGGGCUCCCACCACUACUGGGAUGGACUCUGUUGGUGCAAGGCGGAGAACCUAGGGAUGAUGGGGAAAAUAUUGAUGUGGCCAGUGGCGAUGUCCUCACCCUUUACCUUCAAAAAGAGGACCAAGACGAGGAUGAGGCAACCGACGGAGAGGAUGGCGAUACGGACGAGGACGACCCAGAUGGUGAGUCUGGCCGUGAAUCAUCCAGUACCCACGACUGUCUACCCAGCUCGAGUGAGCUCGGGCCGCCGAGCCCAGGAGUGGAGGAUGGCCGGCCGCUCUUUGACCUGUCAAAGGUUACAUUGCCACUGCCCCACCUUUGGCAGGCAGUGGCGCCACUGUUCCAGCCAUGGUCGGGUAGCUGGAUGUCGUGGGAUCUACAUGAAGUGGAUCUUCAUGAAGCUGCUGAGAAGGAGCUCGCGAAUACGAUAAGUGUGGAGGAGAUGCUGGUCGAGCCUACAACAGCUCUGCCCGAGAUCCAUGUCUACACGGAUGGCUCUGCGGACGAGAAGAAUCGGGUCAGCGGCUACUCGGCGGUGAUCCUGAUGAAAAUUGGAACAGCAGUUGCUGUAUUCGGCAUAUUGGGAGGGCAACUCCUAGGCAACAGCUCCUCCCCUUGGCCGCUGCAUGGACCUGCAGCCCUUACGGCGGAGCAGGUGGCGGUGGCUGCUGCACUGCUCUGGGUGGUGCAAGCUCGAACUAUGCUGCCCUACCUAGAUUGUUGUAUCUAUGUCGACUGCUUGGCGGCUGGAAGAGCGGCCAAUGGGCAAUGGGCUCCGGUGGACGACCUGUCAGAGAGGAUCCACAACUUGGAGCUUAUGAUCAGGGAAACCCCUGGGGUAAGUGUCCGAAUCGAACAUGUUAAAGGGCAUUCAGGAAAUGGCUGGAACGAACUGGCUGAUGGAGUGGCGAAGCGAGCUGCCCGCGGAGGAGACAGAUUUGCAGAACCACCGACAAUGGCAUGUAAAGCCCUUGUGGAGGCCAACCUGGAUUGGCUAAGCUUUGAGCUGGCUGCAAAAAAUCACGGAGCCGUGGAGGUUGUGGAUCGCUCCCUCUGUUGGUCGGAGCAGCCCUUUGCCCCUUUCCAAUUACGACCUGAACAGCUUGUGCCUCUAACAGGGACAGGUCCUGGCCAGCAGGAACCUUCGACUGGGGACUUCCGAGUCAAGGUGUGCACCAUGAAUGUGCAAGGGCUGGCGGGCAACCUUCGCUACAUGGAGGAACAGUUCGAGUCGGGAUCCUACCAGGUGGUGAUGUUGCAGGAAACCAAAAUGCCAGGAGGACAGUGCCAGAGCCAGCGAUACUUCCGGCUCGCAUCUGAUGCCCAACGCCAUUGGGGCACGGCUGUGUGGCUCAGUAAGACUUGGGGAAUGAUGGAGAUUGACGGUGUCCCGGUUCUGCCCAAGGAGGAGGAUAUCACCAUCGUCUGCUCCUUGCCACGACUGCUAAUCGUGGUAGCUCAGGUCAAGGAAGCCAAGAUUGCCUUUGUGUCUGGACAUUGUCCUCAUGCAAACAAGCCUGAAGAAAGAGACUCCUUCCUCCAAGUCUUGGCCGCCCACCUGGCCAAGCUCAAGAAGGUCCAACUUUUGAUUUGCGGCAUUGACCUCAAUGGGAGAUUGCCGGUCGAAUGCCCCCACGUGAGCGGAAGUCUGUACUACCAGGAGUCGGACGAAACUGGCGAAAUGGCCGCACAGGUGCUGCAGGACAGCGGUGUCUGGGCACCAUCAACAUAUGCCGAUAUCCACGUUGGGGACUCAGCGACCCAUUGCCAUCACACUGGUGUGGAGAGCUGUAUCGAUUACGUCCUCAUUGGGGGACGUGCUCGGGUCCAGCUGGCCAGAAGCUCUGUGGACAGAGAAAUCGACAAUGGCAGUCCCAAUGAAGAUCACAGGACAGUGGCACUGGAGUUCGCCGGGACCCUUGCCAGCGGAAUCGCCCGCGGCAGAAUAUGGAGGCCAAAGUAUGACUUGGACAAGCUCAACAGCGCACAUGGGCGAGAGAUCAUUGGGCACAUGUGUUGUUCAUUCCCACAGCCACCGUGGAGUAUGCAUCCUGACGAGCACUGCCACAGGCUUGAACAGCACAUCACUGAGACACUGCAGGUGCACUUCCCAAAGCCCAAAAAUCCAGGCCGAGCGUCCUACAUUCCAGACCAAGUUUGGGAAAUGCGGCGACAAAAGAACGACCUGCGAUGGAAAACAAAAGGGAGGAGACAGCAGGGCAUGACCCUCGCCAGAAAAUGUCUCCUUUUUUGGCGACAUGGCGGCCAGACAGGACCAGGACCCCACUGUCGGCGGCACCAAAUCCUCUACGACGUUGUGGCGGCGGCCAUCCGCUUCGCCACUGCGCGCAUUCGCAGGUGUAUUGCAACGGCCAAGGAUCAGUUCCUACGCCACCUGGCUGCCCAUGGUCCCCAAGAUGUGGCAGCGAUCCUGCAGCGGGCCAAAAAGGCAGGGAUGGGGGCGAAGACCAGACAACUGGUGAGCAGGCAGCUCCCGAAGUUGAUGGAUCCGACUACGGGCCAGGAGACGCAAUGCGCAGCAGACAGGGACAAGGUCUGGCUCAAGUUCUUUGGAGAACAAGAAGCUGGACAGAUUCUCCCGACUGCCCGGUUUCUGCAAGAGGCUGCCUGGACGCAGAACAACCCCAGGGAUGAUUGGGAUUGGCAACAUUUGCCAAGCCUUCGAGAGAUAGAAGGGGUACUGCGUGCCACGGCGCGUGGAAAGAGUGCUGGCAUGGACGGCAUCCCCAGUGACGCCUUGUGCGUACAUCCAAGCGAGUUUGCGAGGAUGAUACAACCCCUCUACUUGAAAUCGCUUCUCAAUGGGCGACAACCCCUACAAUGGAGAGGAGGCAUCUUGUACGAAGCGUACAAAGGGGCCGGCGAACAGCAUGCUGUAGCCAACCAUCGGAGCUUGUAUAUUUCAAGUUUUCUGGGCAAAACCCUGCACAAGGUGAUGCGAGCAAAGGUCAAGCAACAGCUCGAUGACUUUCUCCACCCGCUGCACUGUGGCAGCCGGCAGGGUAUGCCCGUCCUCUUCCCUUCUUUGUUCGUCAUCGAGCACCUGAGGCGCUGUUCUCAGCGACGCCUCAGCGCAUCAGUGCUUUUCGUCGACACUCGAUCGGCGUACUACCGGUUGGUGAGGCAACUGGCCGUUGGAGAUCUGAAGGUCGACCGAGCGGUGGAAGAGCUGUUCUACCGUUUCGGGUUGGAUGGCUCAGAUGUUGCGGACCUUCGUGAUUUGAUCCUUGAAGGAGGAAUGUUAAACAUGGCUGGGAUUCCGGAGCCCAUACGAGCGGCCGUUGAUGACUUCCAUCAUGAUUCCUGGUUCACGUCGCGGUACACGGAUGCCACGGCGGUGUGCCGCUCCACUGCGGGCUCCCGACCAGGAGCGUCGUGGGCGGACACGGUUUUCGCAGUGAUAUAUGCUCGCAUCCUCUAUCGAGAGGCCUUUGAUACAACUAGCGCCUAUGCUUUGCUGGCGGACGACCCCAUGGAGCUACUACGGAAGGCUAGGAGGGCCUACUUCGACUCCGGCCGCCCUGAACUGGAGCUGGCCGACUUGGGAGAAGCCAUUCAGGUGGUCCAGACCUACAAGCACCUUGGCUGUAUGGUGGACAUGGAGGCAGGCCUCGGAUCCGAAGCCCGAUAUCGAACGGCCCUUGCCACGGCUGCCUACGACAAGGCCAAGCAUCUUCUCCUUCAAAACCAGGUAUGGAUUGCCAAGGGCAAGCAAUGGGAGCGCAUGAGUGAUGCCUUUUCAAGGCAGGUGCGACGCUUGCUUUGCCGUGAAGUCAAGGGGCCGGACAUCUUCAAGGUACCACUCCCCCUUGCCCACUGGGCAACUGGAUGCUGGCCUUUGGCCAGCUUUGCGAGGAGGAGUCGCAUCUCGGCGCUGAUUUCUCUGGCCCGUAAGGGCCCCCCCAUCUUGUGGGCGAUGCUGCAAAAUGAGGAUGAGUGGUGCGCACAAGCCCGGGACGAUCUCCAUUGGCUUGUAACCACAAUCCAGGGUGAGUGGCCGGAGGUCAACGGAGCGGCGUGGCCACAAUGGUGGCACCUACUUCGGUCAAGCCCACAGCUCGUUAAGCAGCGGACAAGGCGAGCCAACGAGAUCGACUUCGGCAUCUACAAGGAGCGAGCGGCGGUCGACGUCUGCAAAUGGUACCUUUACAAAACACUCCCUGUUGAGGUGCCAAGAGAGGCCGCGACGGCAAGCUGGACCUGUGGCAUAUGUGACAAAAGCUACAAGAAGAAGUCGGCUCUGAGUGUACACUUCUUCAGUGUGCACGGCAGACAGGCUGAGUACCGAUUCUUCAUUCAAGGGACCUGCUGCCGAAGCUGCCAAAAGGACUUUCGAACGAGAGGCCGAUUGGAGGAUCACCUCCGCGCUACGCCCAAGUGUGUCCGGGCUUUGAAGCGACACUACCGCCCUUUGGAGACCGUGCCCCCUGGCUAUGGGAGUCGUGGUCGACGCAAGCAUGAGGCGGAGAACUACUCGCCGGCUCCGCCCACUCAAGGCAAUGAGCCUGUGGAAGAUGAUGGCGACGAGGUGUGGAACCCGUGGCAGCGUCUUCUACAUGAGGGAUUGUGUGAUGCUCUGCUUGGCGACCUCGAGCACAUCGAGAUUAGCGGGGUCAUCGAAGGCCAUGCCAGGCGGUACCCGCUCUACUUCGAUGAGAUCCAGGCGGUCUUUGACUACCUGAUCUCGGAGAUCAAGCUAGUCCACGAGGACCGCGACAUUACGCAAUGGACGGAUGCCCAAUUUGAUGAAAUCUGUGCAAGUAUCUCCCGGCUGUGCACAGAGGGAUUCCAUGGAACUUCGAGGACUCAGCGAGAGUCCCAAUGCCUGAUGGGGAUGGCUACGUUCCAAAAAGUGAUCGAGAACUUCAACUGGUGUGAAGCCUACCAGUGCCUGAGGGACGACAACGGGAAGUGCAAAGACGAGCUCAGCGCAGUCGUGGUCAAAGCGCCCGCAUGGCGGCUGGAGGGUCUCGGGCUCAUAGCCUGCUUUGGUGGUGUUCUGCACAUGGACGACGCCGAGCUUCGGAAGCUUUUGGAGGAUGACAGCACAGGUCGGUCGUUGCAGACGCCCUAUUGGCCCCACUGGCUCCACUGCCACUGGGUAGCGUCCACUGCCACCGCCGCCAUCAAAGGUCUGCCCAUCCCCCGCAGCUUUCGGAGCUCUGAGGAGGUGUACCUGACGCUGGAGGAUGGCGGAACGGUCUCCCUGGACUGGUGGAAGGGUGUGGCCCAGGGGCGUCCUGUCGCUCUGGUGCUACCGGGCAUGGCGAACAGCAGCCGGAGCAUUUACAUUCGCUACACCAUGGACCGCUUGUACCAGGCGGGAUUCCAGCCCGUCGCCAUGAACUUCCGUGGCGUAGAGCACCUGGAGAUUACUUCGGCCAAGUUGGGCUGUGCAGACACCUGGCAGGACUUACCCAAGAUCAUUGACAGUAUCCAGGCCACGUGUCCACAGCAGCCCAUCUUUGCCAUCGGCUUCUCAAUGGGUGGCACCAUUCUGGCCAAGUACUUGGGCGAAUUUGAGCACCGCUCUCGAAUCGCUGCAGGUGUUAUCGUAUCCUCACCAUUGGCGUAUCCGGGACAUCAGCUGGAGCUGGAGCAAAGGAAGGUCUUGAGUUUUCUCAUGGCCCAGCCGCUGAAGGUCUGGCUCUGGAAGAAGCGGGAUCAGAUUGCAAAGCUUUGGCCGAAAUGCGACAUGGGAGAGGUCAUGAAGAGCACUUCGCUUCUGCACGUUGUCGGCUACAUGCUCGAGCACCAGGGGUACCACACACCGUCCGACUACUUCACGCUGAACGAUCCCGAGCCAGUGCUUGGCCGGAUCAAGUGCCCAGUCCUCAUCCUAGGCGCCAAAGAUGACCCGUUGAUGUCCCCGGUGCCGCGCGAGACGAUCGCCCAGAACUCCCGGUUGGUCCUUGCGGAAACAGAAGGUGGAGGCCACUUGGGUUGGGCCGGCUGGGGCGCUUUCGGCCCGCAGAUCUUCGGUGCCUCCUGGGCCGACAGCAUCGCCACGCGCUUCCUCGCGCGCCAAGCCAAGCUCUCCGUCCCGGCGCCACGCUCCCGACUGUGA